AUGUCUUUAUACCCUUCUCUCGAAGAGUUAAAAGUACAGACUAUACUUGAAAGUCAAGGCAAUGGACCGACCACUGUGCAGUCUAAUUGUCAAGGACCAUUACCACAAAGGAACCCUACUCUAAUGGGAAAUCGCAAUGGGGAAAAUAAUAUGUCUUACAACAAUUGUGGUGUAUCUGUUACCUAUGGGUCUACUGUAUCUGGCAUUUUUUCUCAAGCUGGUAUGGAGUGUGGGAUCAAUUCAAUGUCGAUUGCCCCUUUUUCACCAAGCGGGGCACUUUGUCUACCACUUCCAGCACCAUUUGAUUGCGUAGAUAUAAAACCAGGAGUUAGACUUGUUACUCUUUGUAAAAAUGAAUUCGGUAAAGUUGGAAUUCAGCUUAAGGAAAUUCAGAAAGGUAUAUUUGUUUCAUUUGUGGAGGGGUUUUCACCAGCUGCACUUGGCGGUGUGCGUUUUGGAGAUCAAGUCCUGGAGAUUAAUGAUAUUCUAGUUACCGGUUGUUCAGGGACAAGGUCUAUGGAAAUACUGAAAAGUUCAACUCCUAACAACAUAAGACUUGUAUUACGUGAUCGUCCAUUCGAACGUGUUAUUACUGUGCAUAAAGAUAGUUUAGGUGCAAUUGGUAUACAAGUUCGUAAUGGUUUAAUUAAAGCAAUAGUUAAAGACUCAAGUGCUGCACGUAAUGGUAUAUUAACUAAUCAUCAAAUUAUUGAAGUUAAUGGACAAAAUGUUGUUGGUUUAAAAGAUAAAGAUUUAUUACAACUUAUGGAUGAAUCAAAAACUCCAAUGAAAGUUACUAUUAUACCAAAGACAUUUUAUGAUAAAUUAACUAGAAGUCUUCCAAGUGGACAAUUACGAUUACAAAUGGAUCGAUCAUUACCUUUUGUUUAA